AAAGCUAGAUCGAGGUUAUCAAUAGCAAUGGCUGGAGCUUCUUCAUCAUCCUCUAGUUUUGCUGAAAUCCUUACCGAAAUUCCUGAGCUUAGGGGUGAUAAUUUCAAAAUCUGGAAGGAACGAGUUCUUCUUCAUUUAGGCUGCGCCGACAUGGACUACGCAAUAAGGAAGGACGAACCUGCUGCAAUCACUGUGACUAGCACUGCUGCUCAGAUCGCACUAUAUGAGAAAUGGGAGCGGUCCAAUCGCCUCAGCAUCAUGUUCAUCAUGUCCAAGAUCCCUCUGGGAAUGCGUGGAUCGGUGGAGCAACCUGAGAAAGUCAAAGACUUGAUCAAACUGAUCGAUGAGCAGUUCGACACUUCGGACAAACCACUUUACAACAACCUCAUCCACCAGUUCUCAUCCACAAAACUCACUGGUGUCAAAGGAGUUAGAGAACAUAUUUCAAAGAUGAGGGACAUUUCUGCUCAACUGAAGAAACUCGAUGUAGUCAUUCCCGAAACCUUCCUGGUCCACUACAUCCUUAACCAUCUUCCACCUCAAUAUGGGCCUUUCAAAAUUUCCUACAACACACAUAAGGACAAAUGGAGUAUCAAUGAACUGAUAACCAUGUGUGCUCAAGAAGAAGCAAGGCUCCUGCAGGAACAAGGUGAAAGUGCUCACAUGGCCACCCAAGGCAAGAAACGCAAACCAUCCAAGAAGGACAAGGGGAAAAAUAAAGUGCCUCCCCAAGGUGAUAUAAAGAAGGAUUCCAUCAAAUGUUUCUUCUGCAAAAAGAAGGGACAUGCGAAAAAGGAAUGCGCCAAGUUCAAGAAAUGGAUGGACGACAAUGGUAAUCCAAUUUCAUUCGUAUGUUAUGAAUCUAAUAUGGCUAAUGUUAAUAUUAACACAUGGUGGAUUGAUUCUGGAUCGACAAUUCACAUUUCAAAUUCCUUGCAGGGUUUACAAAACCUAAGGAAGCCAGUGGGAAUAAGAGCAAUAAUGUACAAAAUACAUAUAAGAGUCGUGGAUAAAACUGGAGAAACAACUUUUGUUUUAUUCAAUGUUAUAGCUGAAAAAUUACUUGAUACAUCUGCACACAAGUUAUUCAAUAGAUUAUCUUCAAACAAUAAUCUUCCUACAGAGAUUGAAACUCUUUGUGGAAAAGAUUUUGUUUAUAAGUUAAGAUUGAAUGAAUAUAACUUAAAAGAGGGUCUUGAAAAUUUUACCGUGUCCAAGAUUUUUGUGCCUGAUGAGAAAUUAGAACAAGAACAUGAAUCAAAGAAAGAAAAAUUUACUACAAAUGAUGGAGAUGAGAAACUAAGGGUAACGAAAGAAAAUCAUUCUCAAGAUGUGGGUCAUCAUGAUUUUGGAGAUUCUGUGGAAGACUAUGGUCUCACUGUUCAAAAUGGAAAGAGAAAAAAGCAUGUUGUAGUUGAUGAUGAAGAUGAUGAUUAA